UAGCGGGGAGAGGGGCGGGUUCUGGCCCAGCGAGCCAGGAAGGGACUGCUCCCUUUCUGCUUCCAGUUUAAAAUUUGCAACUUGAGUCCCUGGUGGUCGCAGAGGGAAUUAGGAAAUCUGUAUUUGCGCACAUCCCCCCUUCGUUGUUCAGACUCCUCGAGGGCUCUGGGGAGGGGUCUCUCCAGGAGCCCGAAUCCUGGAAUCCUGGCUGCCCUGCCCCCACGCCCUGGGUGAGGAAGGAACUCAGUCUAGGAGGACCUAGAUCCUCAGGGCAGUUAGAAGGGCUUUCUACACAGUUCCCCCAUGCCCCGUCUGUCCACCUUGGCCACGGUCAAACCUUUUCUCUCCCAUCCCCGUUUCUCCCUGCCCCUCCCUGCAUCCACCACUGCAGGCCACCACGCAAGACCAUCUGUAGGCCCACCGUUGCAGCUGGAGAAUGAACCAGCCGCAGAGGAUGGCGCCUGUGGGCACAGACAAGGAGCUCAGCGACCUCCUGGACUUCAGCAUGAUGUUCCCCCUGCCAGUGGCCAAUGGGAAGGGCCGGCCCACCUCACUGGCUGGCACCCAGUUUGGAGGCUCAGGUCUGGAGGAGCGGCCCAGCUCAGGCUCCUGGGGCACUGGCGACCAGAAUAGCUCCUCCUUCGACCCCAGCCGGACCUACGGCGAAGGCAGCCACUUCACUGAGUCCCACAGCAGCCUCUCUUCAUCCACAUUCCUGGGACCUGGACUUGGAGGCAAGGGCAGUGAGCGGAGUGCAUACACCACCUUUGGCAGAGAUGCAGGUGUUGGCGGCUUGACUCAGGCUGGGUUCCUGUCCGGUGAUUUGGCCCUCAGCAGCCCUGGGCCACUGUCCCCCUCUGGCGUCAAGGGCGGGUCCCAGUAUUACUCCUACCCUGGCCAUGCUCGGCGGAGAGCCGCAGACAGCAGCCUGGAUACGCAGCCCAAGAAGGUCCGGAAGGUGCCGCCAGGUCUCCCGUCCUUGGUGUACCCACCCAGCUCAAGUGAUGAUUACAGCAGGGACACCACUCCCUAUCCAUCUGCCAAGACCCCCAUCAGCGCCUACCCAUCCACCUUCUACAUGGCGGAUGGCAGCCUGCACCCCUCAGCAGAACUCUGGAGUCCUCCGGGGCAAGCGGGCUUUGGGCCCAUGCUGGGUGGGGGCUCGUCCCCUCUGCCCCUCCCGCCAGGCAGCGGUAGCACUGUGGGCAGCGGCAGUGGUGGCUUUGGUGGCCUUCACCAGCACGAGCGCAUGGGCUACCCACUGCACAGCUCAGAAGUGAAUGGUGGGCUCCCGGCCGUGUCCACCUUCUCAGGCCCCACAGGCGCCUAUGGCAGUGUUGCCAGCCACACGCCCCCUGUCAGCGGGGCCGACAACCUCAUGGGCUCCCGAGGGACCACGGCUGGCAGCUCUGGGGACGCCCUCGGGAAGGCACUGGCCUCGAUCUACUCACCGGAUCAUUCAAGCAAUAACUUCUCAUCCAGCCCCUCGACCCCCGUGGGUUCCCCCCAGGGCCUGGCAGGGACGUCGCAGUGGCCCCGAGCAGGAGCCCCCGGUGCCUUAUCGCCCAGCUAUGAUGGGGGUCUUCACAGCCUGAACAAGAUGGAGGACCACCUGGACGAGGCCAUCCACGUGCUCCGCAGCCACGCUGUGGGCACUGCGGGUGAUGUGCACGGGCUGCUGCCUGGCCACGGGACGUUGGCCUCGGGCUUCACCGGCCCCAUCAUGCCACUGGGAGGGCGGCAUGCCGGCCUGGUUGGAGGCAGCCACUCGGAAGAUGGCCUCUCAGGCAGUGGCAGCCUCCUGCACAACCACGUGGCCCUCCCUGGCCAGCCCAGUGCCCUCCCCGACCUCUCUCGGCCGCCCGACUCCUACAGUGGGCUCGGGCGCUCUGGCGCUGCCUCAGGCGCCAGCGAGAUCAAGCGGGAGGAGAAGGAGGACGAGGAGAACGCGUCGGUGGCCGAUAACUCGGAGGAGGAGAAGAAGGAGCUGAAACCCCCCCGGACCCGGACCAGCCCGGACGAGGACGAGGACGACCUUCUCCCCCCAGAGCAGAAGGCUGAGCGGGAGAAGGAGCGCCGGGUGGCCAAUAACGCACGGGAGCGGCUGCGGGUCCGAGACAUCAAUGAGGCUUUUAAGGAGCUGGGGCGCAUGUGCCAGCUGCACCUCAACAGUGAGAAGCCCCAGACCAAACUGCUCAUCCUGCACCAGGCCGUGUCGGUCAUCCUGAACCUGGAGCAGCAGGUGCGAGAGCGUAACCUGAACCCCAAAGCGGCCUGCUUGAAACGACGUGAAGAGGAGAAGGUGUCAGGCGUGGUCGGAGACCCCCAGAUGGUACUUUCAGCUGCCCACCAGGGCCUGAGCGAUGCCCACAACCCUGCUGGCCACAUGUGAAAGGUCUCAGCUGCCCCCAUGCUCUGUGACACCAGAUGGAUCCUGAAACUGCAUCUUAGCCUUGCCACUCAAGACCUGGCCCGAAGUUGCUUUUUGUUUUUUGUUUUUUUUUUUUUGUAAAAAUCAGAAAGCAAGAAACGUUACACUGUCAGGAAAAAAAAAUGCCUUAAGUAUAAAACGUGGAGGAAUUGAAACAUAUCACCUGCUGGAGAGAGACGCUGUGCAAAACUGGCUUGUUCAGAAGCCACCAGCAACUUGUGCCUAUGCCUAAUAUUUUUUUUAAGGAAAAUAAAGAGAAUGCUAGUUAUGAGAUUUUUUUUUUAACGUAGAAGAAAAUUAGCAAGGAAAAAAUGCCUUUGGUGUUUUUUUUUGUGGUGUUUUUUUUUUUUAGCUUUUUUGCAUAUGUUUUGUAAGCAACAAAUGUUUUUGUAUAAAAGUUUCAUGUCUCUUGCUAUUUCUGCUGCUGUUUCUAGAAGUGACUGUUGCAUUUCAUGAGCAACCAGAUUAUUAAAAGUUGUAUUAAUGAGGCCCAAUGUAAAGCCGAGGUGCCUCUGGGUAGCCCAGCUGCUGAACAGGGAUGGUGCAUCUAGUUUGGUGUAAAGUGGUGGGUGGGCCUCUCCCCACCCCAUCCUCCCUGCCUCCAGAUGGAGGACACCCGGCUUCUCAGGGCAGGGCAUCUGCAGGGAGGUGCCACCCUUCCAGGUGAAAUGCCAAGGGUCCUCCUCCAGAAACAGCCUGGUCCCCGAGGUACCUUCCCAUGGCCUGCUGGUCCCCACAGCCCUCCCAGGGACCCCACAAGCUGCUCACCCUGGAGCCCACAGAUCUCUCCAAGAUGGGGGGUUUUGUUGGAACUUAACGUUCCCAGGCACGAGGACCACACUACUGGAGUCCGGUCCCAAGGUGUCUCCUCUGACCUGGGAACCCAAGCCCCUUCUCUGCACCCUGGCAAAGGGGUUGCGGCUUGAGGCCUGCACAGAAAACUGCCCCCCCCCACCAAGUGGCCGUCCUGCUGUGGACGGGUCAGAGGUGGGUGUGGACAGAACAGGGAGAAGGUGCAGGGUCCCUGUGCCCAGAAAAGGCCCCAGCCUGUGCACCUUCCCAAAUGACUGCCCAGCUGCAAAACCAACAGUGGGCCCCAUGUCCCAGGCCUCCCCAAGUCCCCGCUCUGGUCACACGUGUCAGCAGGGGCAUCAGUUGGUCCCUGGCUACACGUGAAUGUCCCAGGUUUAUACUGAAUGUCCCUGGUCACCCUACAUGUCACCCAGGUGCAGGGUCAUUCAUGCUGGGGUCUUGGUUUCUUCCCUUAUCACCCCCUGUGUCCCCCACAGAAGCCUUAAGGACCCCCAGGCUGGCUGUGUUCACCAGCAGCACCCCCCCACCAGCUCAGGCAUCCCCUCCAAAGACCCCCCUCAACCCUGUUCCCAGAACACCCGGGGGCCUCCUGAUCCCACAUGACUGGAAUUCCCCAAGGCUGGGGAGCGGGGUGCCCCAGAGCUGGCACCAGGGACAUCUGAGACUCUGAGCUCAUCAGGAUGGCAAGAAGCCAUUGGCUUACAGGGGCUACCUGGUGACUCCCUUGGUCUGUUGGGUCUCGUGUCUCUUUUGAGGCACUUGCCUCAGUUUCCCUUACUCUGCUUCUGGUUUUGCGCGUCGGUCCAGAUGGGCAGGGUCCAAGGAUCUGAGGCCCCCCCCCCCCCGCAAGGCCCA